GUGAGUUGGAGUUCUAAACUCACUCGCACUGCGUUACUAAUAAGGGCAUAAUAGGGCUUGUAAAAUAACUUUAUCUUCUACGGGAAUAUGGGGAAUAUGGAGUGUGUGUUUAGCAAAUAGCGGACUGCAUUUAGAAUUACCCUACCUCUAAUUAUACAUUCUUUUUGACCGGCCCGAGCUCCCAAUUCCCCAAACGUGCGAGAGUAGAGACGCGUCACCGGCCUAUCGCCAAAUUCAUUCGCCAUUCAUACUGCCGUUCGCAAGCCCCAAGACCGGAAUCCUUAGACGGCGAGAGGACGAAUACGAAGUAGGAACGCCGACUGCCAAGCUGCCAGGAUACCGACGUCGCGAGUCUGGCAUCCUGCCACGCUUCACGCUUGGUCGCCUCCCGACGACCCGACCGGCGCCCGUCCCUGCCCCUUCUCAGGAUGCGAUUCCGAUUCUGAUUCUUCCCAGAAUCCAUCCCGGCAGCCCCUUCGCCCCCUUCUCUUCAUACUUCAGUGCAUCCUGAAUCCCUAGGCUCCUGGGUCCACUUUAAACCGUGAAACAUUCUAGUGGUGGUAGUGGAAGCUAAAGAACUGAACUCGAGAGAUUUAUCUUCUAUUUUUAACCAAUUACAGAAUUGUUUCAUGCCACUUUGAGAAGUAUCUUUACUCGCUUCAAGAGCCGAAGACUGUAGUGACAUAUACCCCGCCUCAAUCUCCCAUGCUUAACUGAAGGGUUAUAAUCAUCUUUUAGCUCUGAACAAAUGUCUGGGUUCAAUCGGUCUUCAUGCGGUCCUUCGAAGAAUGCUCUCCCUCCACAAGAGCUACUUGAUGAUCUUUGCAGUCGGUUUGUUCUGAAUGUUCCAAAAGAAGAUCAACAGUCUUUUGAGAGGAUUUUGUUUCUAGUGGAGUAUGCACAUUGGUUUUACGAAGACAAUUCCGUUGAGAACAAUCCAUCAUUGAAAUCUUUCACUCUUAAGGAAUUCACAUCUCUUUUAUUUAACAGCUGUGAUGUUUUAAAACCAUAUGUUGCCCAUAUAGAUGACAUUUUCAAGGACUUCACCUCAUAUAAGGUUCGAGUUCCUGUUACAGGGGCCAUAAUCCUGGAUGAAACUUAUGAGCGGUGCUUGCUAGUGAAGGGUUGGAAAGGAUCAAGCUGGAGUUUCCCUCGUGGAAAAAAGAGCAAGGAUGAAGAAGAUUAUGCAUGUGCUGUUAGAGAGGUUUUGGAGGAAACAGGGUUUGAAGUGUCAAAACUUCUUAAAAAGGAAGAGUACAUUGAAAUGGUUUUUGGUCAGCAAAGAGUGCGGCUUUACAUAAUCGCUGGAGUGAAAGAUGAUACAGUCUUUGCACCGCUCACAAAAAAGGAGAUUAGUGAAAUUGCCUGGCAGCGACUUGAUGAGCUCCAGCCAGGAAAUGGUGAUGUCAUAUCUCGUAGUUACAGUGGCCUCAAACUUUAUAUGGUUGCUCCAUUUUUAAUGUCUUUAAAAGCAUGGAUUUCUACCCACCAGCCUCCCGUAGCACCUAGACCUGAUAGAUCCUUGAAAGGAAGUAGCGUAUGGAGGGCAAAAAAUAGUUCUACAGGAAACUCAGAUGUAGCAGAGAGUCAACCAAGCAAAUUAACAAUAACCAAUAAGAAACCCUUCGACACGGGUCCUGGCAGAAGCUUUAGAAGCUUUCAGUUUGAUAUUGCUCCUAUAUUACAUGCAAUUGAUACCGCUUUCUGUCUUCCAUGAAGACUGUACCUUAAGGGAUUGUGCAUCAGAGCCCCAAUGAGUGAAAAUCUGUACCUUGUAAAGUUUGACUCGCCCACAAUUUAGUUUGGUUUAUUUCAGUUAAAGGAUCUGCUAUACUUGGUUCAUUCAUGUAAUGUAGAACAUUUCAGACUGCAAUGAAUGUUUAUCUUGUAUUUUGCUGGGUUUAGGUUGACAUUGAAGUAUGUUUAUCUGUAGUGCUAAACUAAAAAACUGGGAGUUUUUAUUCGCAGACAGAAGUACUGCAUGCAUGAACAAUAUAGUCCAUA